CUCAUCCUUUGCACUGCCACUGCAUGGAUCGCAUGGACGGCAGCGGCCCGGGAUAGCUUCUUGGCAUUCUCAGCUUGAAAUGGAGCAGCACUUGUUUCCGUCUCACAGACUACCAACCGUCACUCGUUACGACAAAGGCACCAAUUACAGGAGGGUAGCCCCUCAGGCAAGACCUGGACCCUUUUUUUUCGAUGCCGAACAAUCCAAUUGGCGAUCCCCGUACCUAAGUUCCAUUAACGGGUUUUCGCAAAUACCUUAGUUCGAGGGCGAGCUAGUCCAGGUACUUGACUUUCCAUUACUUCCAUUACUCACAUGCAUCCCUAAAGUAGUACUCUAUCCCCCAUCCUUCAGCUCUUGGUCCCCUCAAUUCUUUGCGCAACCCCCUUUCGGCUGCCUCUCUCUCUCUCUCUCGCGCGCGCGCUCUAUCUCUUCUCUCCCUCUUUAUCCUCUAUUCUUCUUUGCAUCUUCAACUGCGUUGAUCGCAUUCAUCACUUCUCUUCUCCAGCUCAGCGCAUCUUUCCUCAUUAUUGCCAAUCACCGUUUUCGCAUUGCACGUGUCGCAAUCAAACAUGGCCAAACAACCUUCAGCUCUCAGCCAGGUCCUUCCUCUCAUCAUCGUCUUCGCUCUGCUCAGCGUAGGCGGUUGGGUCGGCUACCAAGUCUACAUCAGCGUCGCCAAGAUGUCCGAUGCUGCGUCCGAGCGUAUGGGCAAGAAGAACGUUGUUUUCACAAAGGAUGGUGUAAAGGUCGGCGUCAAACAAAUCAAGAACGAGAACUAUGUCGAUGCGACGCAGAGCUGGUUCGUCAAGGCGUGGAAUCUAGGCACGACAUCAGAUGCUAGUCAGAGGUGCGUACAUCGUGGUAUCUUUUCUAGUGAAAGGGGAAUAGGUUCUGACAAUGUCUACAGCAAGAAACAAAAGUAAACUCGAUCGCCACUCCGUCACGAAUUUUCUAUCUUGAUUCGAACAUGCUAGGGGCAUGGGUAGCACGCACGCACGCAGACAUCCAUAGGACUAUUCAACGAAUUUCUUUCACUGGGAAAGUUUCUUUAAACUUGAUUCAUAUUACGCCAGAUAUCCGGUUGCAAAAAAUUGCUCUAUAAUACAACACAUUGCACUUGAAAACGUUUCUGUGAUCGCAACCUUCCCAACCAUAAUACCCCAUGAAACUAUCUAUGGAUAUCCACUCGUCUAACAUGAGGUAUCCAAAGGAGCACCGACCAAACCCCU